AAGAAACCCAGCCCCGGCCCUGCGACCAGCUUCCCUUCAGAGCUCUCGGCCGGGUGUCCAAGCGCAGCGCGGCAGGCUGGGCACGGGCAGCAGGCUGGGCGCGGGCGGCGGGGUCCCGCGUUCGAGUUGUGACCGUGCUGCUUAUUAGCUGAGUGAGCUCAGCAGAGAGAAGAUGCCCGCCGUUCACGUGGAAGACCUGUCGGAGAAGGACAAGCUGAAGAUGGAGGUGGCCCAGCUCCGGAAGGAGGCAAAGCUGCAGAGGCAGCAGGUUUCCAAGUGCUCUGAGGAAAUCAAAAAGUACAUCGAGGCGCGCUGUGGCGAAGACCCCCUGGUGAAGGGCAUCCCGGAGGACAAGAACCCCUACAAGGAGAAGGCGGGCUGCACCGUCUCUUGAGCCCCGGGCGGAGGUCCAGGCCAGAGGUCGGGAGGCGCUGCCGACGCCUGGGACCCCCGCCCCACAACUCCGCGGCUUUGCAGGGGAACGCCAAGCGCUGUGCCCUGAUCCCAGCGCUCCAGAGGCCCCCCAGCCCCAGGGGCUGCCUGAGAGGCGCGAGCUCGCGCCCCGCCGGCGCCUCCCCCCCCCCCUUUUCCCUCAAUAAAACU